UAGAAAAAGAAAGACAGAAAAGGCCAAAAAAAAGGGGCAAAAACGAGAAAAAAUACACCGUCCCUUCUCUUUCCAACUUCUCACUCUUGCCCUCUCAGAAAAAAGAAGAAGAAGAAGACGUCGAAGAAGAAGAAGUCAGUCUAGGGUUUGGGAGGAGGAGGAGGCGAAAUCGAAGGGAUCUGGAUCUCUAAAACGGUGCGUUUUGAGGAGAAGAAACGCAUGGAAUCGGUCCCUUCGAACUCCCAUGGAAACCUCGAUGAGCAGAUUGCUCAGCUCAUGCAGUGCAAGCCCUUGUCCGAACAAGAGGUAAGGACGCUGUGUGAGAAGGCUAAGGAGAUAUUAAUGGAAGAGAGCAAUGUUCAGCCUGUGAAGAGCCCUGUUACAAUAUGUGGUGAUAUCCAUGGGCAAUUUCAUGAUCUUGCAGAGCUUUUUCGCAUUGGAGGGAAGUGUCCAGAUACAAAUUAUUUGUUCAUGGGAGAUUAUGUUGAUCGUGGAUAUUAUUCUGUGGAAACUGUGACGCUCCUUGUCGCUUUGAAAGUGCGUUAUCCUCAACGGAUUACUAUUCUAAGAGGAAAUCAUGAAAGCCGGCAGAUUACUCAAGUUUAUGGUUUUUAUGAUGAGUGCCUGCGGAAGUAUGGUAAUGCCAAUGUUUGGAAGAUAUUUACAGAUUUGUUUGACUAUUUUCCGCUUACAGCAUUGGUUGAAUCCGAGAUAUUUUGUCUUCAUGGUGGACUGUCUCCUUCAAUUGAAACGCUUGAUAAUAUACGCAAUUUUGAUCGUGUUCAAGAGGUUCCUCAUGAGGGUCCUAUGUGUGAUCUUUUAUGGUCUGACCCGGACGAUCGAUGUGGGUGGGGUAUCUCUCCAAGAGGUGCUGGGUAUACAUUUGGUCAGGACAUAUCUGAGCAGUUCAAUCACACCAAUAACUUAAAGCUUAUUGCUAGAGCACACCAGCUGGUUAUGGAAGGAUACAACUGGGGCCAUGAACAAAAAGUGGUCACUAUAUUCAGUGCGCCGAAUUAUUGCUAUCGUUGCGGAAACAUGGCAUCCAUUCUAGAGGUUGAUGACUGCAAAGGCCACACAUUCAUUCAGUUUGAGCCAGCUCCGAGGAGAGGAGAGCCCGAUGUAACGCGAAGAACGCCCGAUUAUUUCCUAUGAUAGUAGUUGCUGAAUCUCCAGCGGCUAAUGCCUGCUAGCUGGUUUUCAUGUUCUGGGAGCUGCUUUUGUAUUUAAAACUAUAUCAUUCUGCUACGGUGGCGAUCGGGUGGCAAAAAAGCAUGUAAAACUGGCAGGUGAAGGCUUCCUCUGAUUUGUUACGCUCAAGUCUUUGCAAACGAAGCAGCGCAGAUGGCGAAACUUUCGUAGCGUGUGUACCAUUUUCCGAGAAAAUAUGGCCUAUUUUGUUCAUGUGCUUUUCCUUUUUCUCCUUCCAUUUCCCAUAUUUAUUUCUGUGUUAGGAUAUGGUUAUUUGGUGGUGGGGGUGUGUAGAGGGAUGAUGCGUUACUUAUAAUUGGUGCUUUUUUAAUU